AUGCGGUUGAGACUUCGGCAAUUGAGAGUGCCCGAGGACGAUUUGUUGGGGGAGGCCAUUGCUGAGGCGUUUAGACAAGGUUACCAUGAUGUGGUACGUGAACGGGGUUAUGUGCCUGCUGAUUAUUCGAUGCAAUUUGCGGUUCAUCACAGCAGUGGUAAUCAUGUGUGGACUCGAAGUCCCAACAUUCCACUAACAGAUUGGCUUGAUAAUAACCAGAGGUCUCGAUAAUGGUUGGAGAAACUGGCGAAACAGCUGAAUUCAGCUGAGGAUUUGGAUGCCACCAAGGGUGAAUUUUAUGUAGAGAUGACGUUUAGUUCUGGAUGUGGUGGAAAGAAUGGUGGGAAGAAGGGUAAUCCUGGGUGGAUGUCGUAUGAAAAGUUGCUGAAGAAAAGAGGUUGCAUUAUUCAGAUCAAGAACAGGGAUGAACUGUGUUGUGCUCGUGCAAUAGUGACCCUCAAAGCCAGAGUGGAUAAGGACCCUGAGUAUCAAAAUAUCAUGCAAGGUCGUGGUGUGCAAGGCUGG